AGUAAAAUUAAAAUUUUAUUAACCAUUUUUAUUAAUAUGACGUUACAAAUCACACGAUUGCAAUCACUCAAAAGUUUAAGUAAGAGACAUAUCACACACACACACGCACGCACACACACACACACACGCACACGCACACACACACCCCCGGCUCUCUGUGAAUGGUUGGAGCGUAAUUGCAGCAGUGUGAGGUCAGCAGGCAUUUAUCAGAGUUCACUCUGCGCUCACUAAACAGAGGAAGAUGCCGACAGCUCACACACACACUCACAUACACACACACACUCCUAAACUUACACGCUCAGAGAUCUCGGAACAGAUGAUACACAAACACACGCGCACACGCACACACACACACGCAUACACAGACGCACACACACACACCCCACGAUUUACACUCUGUCUGGGAAUAACAGCAUGCACAGCCAAGGAGUGCAGCAUUCCUCGUCCAGAAUAUCUGAGAUAACAGCACUCUGAGAGAGAGAGAGAGAGAGAGAGAGAGAGUGAGAGAGACGGAGGAACAGACGAAGAGACAGACAGAGGGACAAACGGAGGGACAGACAGAGCGGCUCCUGUCCAAUGGGAGUGUUUUUCCCAGGAGAGUGAGAAGUGCCAGGACGCGUCCUGAACGGAUCUGAAGUGACUGAAGUGCUGAUGAGGAACGAUGUUUGAGUUACACAGCGUACAGAGUGACUCUGACUGAUGUGGAGUGAUGUUCCAUGGGAGUGACAUGCAGUUAUUCCUCGUUACAUUGCAGUGGUGUUGAUGUAGAGACGUAUCCGGCAGUGGUCUUAUUGAGGUUCUUCUAAUAGUGACUCAGAACCAAUCAGAGUGAUUCAGAGUGACAGCUGGAGUGACGUUCGAUGGGAGUGACGUUCAGGUACACAGUGUUACACUCGGAGCGACAGACGGACUGGAGUGGUGUUGUGUGACGUUCGACUGCAGAGACAUGUAUAUGGAUAAGUUUCUAAUGGUGUUGUGAUUGACGUUCUCAGAGUGGUUCAGAGAAAUCUGGAGAGAUUGAAAGUGAUGGAGUGACAUUUGGAGUUUGUAGAGUGAGUACCAGAUCAGACUGACGUUUGGAGCUACACUCUGAGCGUGAGAGUGACGUCGGGAGUGACAGGACAUCUCCAGGACAUUGAGUCUCAUCACUAUGCAGCGCGUGCUCUCCUCCAGCAGUGCCUUAUAAUGCACAGAUGGAUGGUGGCGUGGAAACGGCCAGACCUGCUGUGUGGACUUUACCUGCGAGUGCUGCUGUGGCUGGGCGGAGUGGGAGUGUCCCAUGGAGGGGGUGUGGCCUCAACUGAACCCUUGGCUGUUUGCGACUGCAUCAAGCAAGAACGCCACGCUCGGAAUUACGACUACAUGGAGGGUGGAGACGUGCGGAUUCGCCGAUUGUACAGCCGCACGCAGUGGUUCCUCACGGUCGAUGAGAACGGCAAUGUCAAUGGCACACAGGACCCCAACAACUGUUACAGUAUCCUAGAGAUCCGCACGGUCUCAGAGGGGGGUGUCCUGGCAAUCAAAGGGGUGAAGAGUCAGUAUUACAUUUCCAUGAGCAGGUCUGGAAUACUGCAAGGCAAGAAGGAGUACAGCGACAGCUGCAACUUCAAGGAAGUGUUUUUAGAAAACUUCUACACGGCCUACAUGUCGGAGAAAUGGAGUAAAAACGGGAAGGAGGCGUUCGUCUCUCUGUCGCAGAAGGGCCGGCCGCUGAGGGGCAAAAAGACUCGCAAAGAGAACAUCGCCUCACACUUCAUCCCUCGCACGUGCAAGGAGGACGACAGGACAUCAGCCUGA